CGUGCUUUUAGAACUCACAUAGACAAGAAAGAAGAAACCUACACGAUGCCGCUUUCUGUUGAACAAGUUCAAAUCAUCAAGUCAACAGUCCCUGUUCUCGCUGAGCAUGGCAACGCUAUCACGACCUCCUUUUACAGCACUAUGCUGAAAGAAAACCCUGUGCUUUACAACAUCUUCAGUCGAACAAAUCAAGACAAUGGCCAUCAGCCACGGGCGUUGGCUGCUGCUUUGUACGCGUACGCUGCCAACAUUGAUAAUCUCGCUGUGCUUGGCCCCGCAGUUGAGCUUAUGUGCCAGAGACACGCCUCGCUGUUUGUUCGCCCGGAGCAUUAUGAUAUUGUGGGCAGGUACCUCCUAGCUGCGAUGGGCUCUGUUCUUGGUUCGGCUUUGACCCCAGACGUGCUUGAUGCUUGGACUGCGGCCUACACACAGUUGGCGAAUCUUAUGGCUGGCCGAGAAAAGGAGCUAUACACUAUGAGACCGGAUUGGACCGACUGGCGCGACUUUGUCAUCAAAAAGAAAGUCAAGGAAGCGGACGACAUAACCUCUUUCUACCUCGAACCUGUCGAUGGACAGCCACUGCCUCUGUUCAAGCCAGGACAGUAUAUCUCUGUCAGAGUUGAUAUACCAGAACUGAAGCAUAUGCAAGCCAGGCAGUAUUCGCUGAGCGAGGCGCCGCGAGCAGACUACUAUCGCAUCAGUACAAAACGAGAAGACGGUCUUGACUUAUCCGAACCUCAAUCACGCGCUCAUCCGGGAUACGUAUCAACCGUUCUACACCGCUUGAAGAACCAAGGAGACAUAAUACAAGUUUCGGCUCCUCGGGGCGAGUUCUUUCUCGAUCUUGAAGACAAGACAAGCACAUCACCUGUGGUCCUUAUCUCCGGCGGCGUGGGUCUCACACCAAUGUUGUCGAUGCUCAACUCCCUUGUGGCUCAGGGGUCUCCGAGACCAAUUUCAUGGAUACAUUCUGCGAGGAGUGUGUCGGCUCAGGCCUUCGCCGCACAUGUGCGCGAAGUCUGUGAGAGUCACACCAAUAUUCAUGAGACCAUCUUCAUUAGUAAGCCGUCCGAAACUGACGUCCACAACGUGGACUACCACCACCAAGGCCGUUUGGACUUGGCCAAGGUGGAGAGGCAGAAGGAUCUGUUCCUAGAUGACAAAACCACGGAAUACUAUAUUUGUGGCCCAGAUGGUUUUAUGGAGGAUAUGAGGCGCGCGCUAAAGAAUUAUGGUGUAGAUGAUAGCAGGAUCAAAGCUGAGCUCUUUGGCACGGGAAGCCUGCCUGGGCCAGAAUAG